CACGGCAGAAUGCCAGACUGCUUUGGGCGACGGCAUUCUCGGGGCAUCAACAACCCGAGUCGCCCUGGGGAACAACUCCCCGCCAAACCCCCACCAGACCACCUAGACUACUAAACUAACAACAAUGCCAUGCUCUCGGAGAGAAUCAACCCCUAGACCAAGCAAGCUCCUGCCCGGCCUUUUCUUUCGAGUCCGAUUUUCAUUAGGUUGACCUGACGUCCUCUCCCACCUUCAAGCUCUGCCCCGAUUCACUGAGUGGAAACGCCGGGUCUCGCAGACAUCAUCAGACAUCAUUCAUCCUCUGCGAGCACGCCAUCUCCCUCACCAUGGCUUCCGUCAGGCAGUUCCCCACCAUCAAGGCCGUCCGGUCGUUUGUGAUCGGAGGAGUUGGAUCAGGUGGUGAUUAUCACAACGUCGAAGGGGGCCACUGGCUCAUCGACUCGCCCAUCUCGACCCCAGCCUCACAAUGGGAACAAUACCGCAAGUCCCGUACUAGCUGGGGGAUCAACGUCCUCGGUUCCUUCCUCGUCGAGAUCGAGGCUUCAGACGGCACAAUCGGCUUUGCCACCGGCUUCGGAGGCCCUCCCGGCUGCUGGCUCGUCCAACAGCACUUCACGCGUUUCCUGCUCGGCGCUGAUCCUCGCAACACGAACCUCCUUUUCGAGCAGAUGUACCGUGGCUCCAUGUUCUAUGGUCGCAAGGGCCUUCCACUCGCCGUCAUCUCAGUCAUCGACCUGGCCAUCUGGGAUCUUCUGGGGAAGCUCCGCAACGAGCCCGUCUACAGACUCAUCGGAGGCGCCACCAAGGAGCGCCUGAACUUUUACUGCACCGGCCCCGAUCCACCAGCGGCCAAGGCCAUGGGCUUCUGGGGAGCCAAGGUGCCGCUCCCUUACUGCCCCGAGGAGGGCCACGAGGGCCUGAAGAAGAACGUCGAGUUCCUGCGCAAGCACCGUGAGAGCGUCGGCCCGGACUUCCCCCUCAUGGUGGACUGCUACAUGUCCCUGAACGUAUCCUACACCAUCGAGAUCGCAAAGGCCUGCCUCGACCUCAACAUCAACUGGUGGGAGGAGUGCCUGACACCCGACGACACCGACGGGUUCGCCCAGAUCAAGCGCGCCCACCCCACGCUCAAGUUCACCACCGGAGAGCACGAAUACAGCCGCUACGGCUUCAGGAAGCUCGUCGAGGGCCGCAACCUCGACAUCAUCCAGCCCGACGUCAUGUGGCUGGGCGGCAUGACCGAGCUGCUCAAGGUGUCGGCCAUGGCUGCCGCGUACGACAUCCCCGUCGUGCCCCACGCGAGCGGUCCAUACAGUUACCACUUUGUCAUCAGCCAGCCCAACACGCCCUUCCAGGAGUAUCUGGCAAACAGCCCCGAUGGCAAGAGCGUGUUGCCCGUCUUCGGAGACCUGUUCCUCGACGAGCCUAUCCCCACCAAGGGUUACCUGACGACCGCGGACCUGGAUAAGCCCGGUUUCGGCCUGACGCUGAACCCGGCCGUGAGGUCAAAACUGAUCCCUGCCGAGGCCCUGUUCAACCCUACAGUCCCCAAGAGCUUGCCCGCGCCAGAGGAGGACAGCAAGUCAAAUGGGGCCUAGCGGAUAAGGUGAAGGAGCUCACCACAUCAUCAUGAACGUGAGUUUGGGAUAGAAUUAUUUACGGCCGGAUGAACAUGUAGAAUUGUGUCUUUUUACCACAUUUGCGAUGUAGCUAGAAACGACUCAUCUGUCCUCAGCUAUGUCGAAGUUCUUGUGGAGAUUGGGUGGCACCGGUUGUCGGUUGUCGUCAGCAUGCAAAUCAGCAGAACUCAGAGAUUAAUGAAAAUUUGAUUGACCUUG